AUGUUGGAGAAGUACAAGAAUUGUGAUUUUGGCCGCUGUCCUCGUGUGCACUGUCAUUUACAUGCUUUGCUUCCUAUUGGUUUGCACGACAUGCCCCGUCAGUCCACAGUCAAACUGUACUGUCCCAAGUGUGAAGAUAUAUAUAACCCAAAAUCGUCGCGCCACUCGUCGAUUGACGGUGCCUAUUUCGGUUCCAGCUUCCCCGGCAUGCUUUUCCAAGUCUACCCACAACUGGCUCCUAGCAAGUCGUCGGAGAGAUACGUGCCCAAGAUCUUCGGGUUUAAAAUCCACGAAAGCGCCAAACUUGCUCGAUGGCAGGACAAGCAGCGAAUGCUCAUGGAGGAACGUCUCAAGGACGACAGUUCCACCCACAACCCCACAAACACUACUAACAAUAACGGGAGUGUCACCAAAACGACCUAG